AUGAGGCCGUGGACAAUCCCCCACUCCCCUACCGGGGAGAGCUUCGAGGCCCCCAGCGACACCCCGGGGUGCAUCUCCGUCGCGGUGUUCCCGACGGCACCAGCGCUUGUCAAUCUAGACACGAAGCCGUACUCGGGCGCCCACGUCGAAGUAUUCAGGAUAAUUAUGCACGCCCUGAAGUGGUGCUACUACUUCGUGACCGUACCUGACCUGAGCGUGGGCCUCGAGGUGAACGGCUCCUACAACGGGGCGACGGGCAUGGUGCAGCGCAGGGAAGUUGACAUGAUGCUCGGACCAGUAGUAGUGCACUUCUUCAGGAUGGAAGUACUGGACUACGCCCCAGCAGUUUUGAAAAUUGAUAACUACUUCCUGUACCGCCGCAUCACGAGCAUCCAACCUGACAUCCUCAUCUUAACAAAGCCCUUCAUGUUCGAGGUUUGGGUUUGCGUGCUGCUGUCGGUGCUGAUUGUCGGGGUGGCGGCUGGGUUGCUGGGGCUUGCUGUUUCCCGCUUUCUAGCUCGCGAUGGCCAUACCACGGGUCUCCGGGGUUCCCUGUCGAAGACUGAAAUUGGCUCUCGAGGCUUCGUAUGGGCGCUGCAGAUAUUUCUGUCACAAGAUUCGAAACACUCGCCCGGCUGGAAGGCGGGGCGAACGCUUGGUGCCUUCUGGCUCUUCGUGAGCUUCAUGAUCGGUGCCAUGUACAAGUGUAACCUCAGCGCCAUCCUCAUCAACGAUAAGGUCAAACUACCGUUCAGCAAUGACGAGGAGUUCGUCAGCCAGAAGGACUACAAAUUGACGUGGAUCGCCGGCAUGAUCUAUACCCCUUACCUCGAGGGGCUUGCGAAGACCGAACCGAAUAACGUCUUGGGCAAGCUGUGGGCUCUAAGAGACGGCAACCCGACGCCCACGGCAGAGCUUGUUGACAAGAUCCUAAAAAAACGAGUUACGGCGGUUGUCCCUUCGCUGUGGUCCGAAAGUUUCAUGGCUGAUGACUUCUCAAAGCACGGCGACUGUCACCUAGUUUCGGUCAAGUCAAACUUGGUGUAUUCGUACAUGACCUUUGGAUAUCCCAAAAACUCGCCUCUCAAGAAUGCCAUGGACUUCAUGACUUUGCGUGUGAUCGAGACUGGCCUGCCAGAUUAUCUACAAAAGAAGUACCUCUGGAAUUCGACCUGGUGCACCAAGACUGAUAAUAAUUUCAGUGAAUCGCGGGCUCUGACAGUUAAGGACUUCCUUGGGAUCUUUCUCGUCUAUGGCAUCGAUCCUAAAAAUAUUGCUAACAUUGUUAGAUAA